CUGGAUUUGGGGAAAGGUGGCCAACCAGUGUGUUCAGGCAGCUCGCCUUGGGACUAAAUCUCAAUGAUCUGCAAGGUUGGAAAGGAUUCUUUUGGUAAUGACUACAUUGAACACUUUAAAAAAAAUGGGAUUCCAACAGAGUUUGUAAAUCAGACAGAAGAUGCUGCAACAGGAGCUGCUUCAAUCAUGGUCAACAGUGAAGGAGAAAACUUCAUUGUAAUUGUUGCGGGAGCAAAUUUACUUCUGAAUUCCAGUGAUUUAAAAAAGGCUGCUCAUAUCAUCGCUGAAGCCAAAGUGAUGGUCUGCCAACUUGAAAUAACCCCAGCAAUUUCUUUAGAAGCAUUAAAAAUGGCUCAUACCAAUGGAGUGAAGACUUUAUUUAAUCCUGCUCCAGCAAUUGCUGACCUAGACUCACAGUUUUACACUUAUUCCGACAUCAUCUGCUGCAAUGAAAGCGAGGCAGAAAUUCUAACAGGAAUUGCAGUUGGUAAUGCUGGAGAUGCUGGACAAGUGGGACUUAAAUUGUUAGAGAGAGGUUGUAGGACUGUCGUCGUAACUUUGGGACCAGAGGGCUGCGUGGUACUUUCCAAAGAGGAACCAACCCCAAAUCAUAUCCCUGUCGGGAAGACCUCUGCUGUAGAUACCACGGGAGCUGGUGACAGUUUUGUUGGAGCACUAGCAUUCUACCUGGCUCACUAUCCCAAUCUACCCCUACAUGAAAUGCUGAGGAGAAGUAACUUCAUAGCAUCCAUUAGCACUCAAACUACUGGGACACAGACUUCCUACCCUUACAGAAAAGAUCUGCCACAAAACCUGUUUUAAGCUGUGUAACACAUUUGAUUUUUCUCUGCUCAAACUUUUUAAACAAAUGCCAACUACACUGAUGCCAGAAUGAAGAUGGUAUAAAUUGCAUAUUAUUGCUUAGCCUUAUCCUGAAUGAGGUGGACAUGGUGUCACACACUGCAAUUUCAGUUUAGGAUACAGCAUUUCAGCUUUACAGUGAAAUUAUUUCCAUGUCUUAAUCACUUAAGGACCCGUUUAUUACUGUAUGUUUUAAAAAUGUGAUCCUACUCUGAGAAUAAAUUUUUUUGUGCAA